UGCCGGCCCAUUUGAAAUGCAACAAGUGCAAUGCAGAAGCAUGCGGCCAGUCUGCAAGUGCGAAUUCCUCCCUGCGACACGUUCCUUCCCUCCUCUCCGUUCCCUGAUUGGAUAAACCGCGAAAGCAAAAACGCGGCACAGAAAAUAUCCCCAUCUCGCUUCCCUCCGCCCCCACCCAUGGCCACGCCUCUCCUCCUCCCCUCCCGCGCAGCCCAUGCCGCCUCCGCAACCACCUGCGCCUCCCAGCACCUCACCGCUGCCACCUCCAAGGAGCCGCCGCCCCGCACUCGCCCAAAGCACGGCGAGGGAGGGGCUUCCCGCCCCAUUUCCAGCUCCGGCUCCCGUCCCAAGUCCCUCAUCCUCUCCCACGUCGCGGCGGGCCGCAUGGACGAGGCCGCGGACGCCUUCGCGGGCGUCACUCGCCCCGGCGCGUUCCUCCACAACGUCAUGAUCCGCGGCUUCGCCGACGCGGACCUCCCGCUCGACGCGCUCGCGGCGUACCGCGCCAUGCUCGACGCCGGCGCGCGCCCGGACCGCUUCACCUUCCCCGUCGUCCUCAAGUGCUGCGCGCGCGCCGGCGCGCUGGGCGAGGGCCGCGCCGCGCACGCGGCCGUGAUCAAGCUCGGCCUCGGCGCCGACGUGUACACCGCCAACUCGCUCGUCGCGCUCUACGCCAAGCUCGGCCUCGUCGGCGACGCCGAGCGGGUGUUCGACGGAAUGCCGGCGCGGGACAUCGUCUCGUGGAACACGAUGGUGGACGGAUACGUGUCCAAUGGGAUGGGGGCCCUGGCGCUGGCGUGCUUCCGGGAGAUGAACGAUGCGCUGCAGGUGGGGCAUGACAGCGUCGGGGUAAUCGCCGCCCUCGCGGCGUGCUGCUUGGAGUCAGCACUGGCACUGGGGCGGGAGAUACACGGCUAUGCCAUCAGACACGGGCUCGAGCAGGAUGUCAAGGUGGGAACUUCUCUUGUUGACAUGUACUGCAAAUGUGGCAAUGUUUUCUUUGCGGAGAAUGUCUUUGCAAAGAUGCCGCUGAGGACCGUGGUGACAUGGAAUUGUAUGAUAGGUGGUUAUGCGCUGAAUGAGCGGCCUGUGGAUGCGUUUGAUUGUUUCAUGCAAAUGAGAGUGGACGGGUUCCAGGUGGAAGUGGUCACUGCUAUCAACUUGCUUACUGCCUGUGCUCAAACUGAAAGCUCACUAUUUGGAAGGAGUGUUCAUGCUUAUGUGGUUCGGAGACAUUUUCUUCCUCACGUAGUGCUUGAGACUGCUCUUCUGGAGAUGUAUGGCAAGGUUGGCAAAGUGGAAUCAUCUGAAAAGAUAUUUGGUCAGAUAACAGACAAAACUUUGGUAUCAUGGAAUAAUAUGAUUGCUGCCUACAUGUACAUGGAAAUGUACCAGGAAGCCAUCGCAUUGUUCCUGGAGCUACUGAAUCAACCUCUUUAUCCUGAUUAUUUCACAAUGACAACAGUAGUACCAGCAUUCGUCUUGCUAGGUUCAAUAAGACAAUGCAAGCAAAUGCACAGCUACAUUGUCAAGUUAGGCUAUGGAGACAGCACUCUCAUUAUGAAUGCAGUUAUGCAUAUGUAUGCAAGGUGUGGCAAUAUUGUGGCCUCAAGGGAAAUCUUUGACAAAAUGCCAGGCAAGGAUGUGAUCUCCUGGAAUACAAUCAUUAUAGGAUAUGCAAUUCAUGGACAGGGAAAGAUUGCAUUGGAAAUGUUCGAUGAGAUGAAGUGUAGUGGUAUGGAACCAAAUGAGAGUACCUUUGUCUCUGUGUUGACUGCUUGCAGUGUUUCAGGCCUGGAGGCUGAGGGCUGGAAGGAGUUCAAUUCAAUGCAACAGGAGUAUGGUAUGAUUCCACAGAUUGAGCACUAUGGAUGCAUGACUGACCUUCUGGGCCGGGCAGGUGAACUCAGAGAGGUGUUGCGGUUUAUCGAAAACAUGCCAAUAGCCCCAACAUCCAGGAUUUGGGGUUCCUUGCUGACAGCGAGCAGAAAUAAGAAUGAUAUUGAUAUAGCAGAAUAUGCAGCAGAGAGGAUAUUCCAACUGGAACACAACAACACAGGUUGUUAUGUUGUUCUGUCUUCCAUGUAUGCUGAUGCCGGGAGAUGGGAGGAUGUGGAGAGGAUAAGAUCUCUGAUGAAGGAGAAGGGGCUCCGAAGGACAGAGGCAAGAAGCCUUGUCGAGCUUAAUAAUAAAGAGUGCAGUUUUGUCAAUGGGGACAUGUCUCACCCUCAGAGUGAGAAAAUUCAUGAAUUCUCUGAUAUCCUAUCAAGAAAUAUCGGAGAAGAUUUAGAUAGCUCAAGUAAUCUCCGCGAUUCAGAUCCUUUUGCAUCAAGCACAACAGUACUUCCAAAUAAGCAUAGUGUAAGGCUGGCUGUUGCCUUUGGUCUGAUAUCAUCUGAGGCUGGGUCCCCUGUUCUUGUCAAGAAGAAUGUGCGUGUAUGCAACCACUGCCAUCAUGCACUGAAGUUGAUAUCAAAAUAUUCGGGACGGAAGAUUGUAGUUGGUGACACAAAGAUAUACCACAUAUUUUCAGAUGGCUCUUGUUGCUGUGGUGACUACUGGUGAACAAGCUAAGAUUUAUGAUGGAAUCCCUGAAUCAAUCAGAUUCUGCUAGACACGACACCUGGAUGCAGAAUGUUCUGAUAGCGCCUGGGAUUUCACAAAACUGACACAAGGCACGAUUGCAGGCUACUACAGCAUGUAUUCAGUUGAGGACAAAUACUGGAGAGACCCAUUCCCAGGUACUCUAGCAGAUGCUCCAGGAAGCAACUUCUGUUUGUUGUUUUCAGACAAUUUGGGGGGAAAUCUAACCCAUUACUGAUUACACGCAUUGGACAAGAACCAAGCACCACUUUUUUGUAGCAAUUGAAAUUAGGAUGAUGUACAGAGUUGUUUUUAACCCUUUAUAUACAAAGUAAAAAUGCAGAGCUGAUUGUAUUCAUUGUACGGCACUCGACACAUCAUUCACGGAUCAAAUGCUAGAAAUCGAAGUGUUCCUCUCUCA